CGCGGGACAUCGACAUCAUCAUUAGCAAAACACCACAUCGACCACCUUUGGACCACAGCAGCACCAACUCCGCAACAGAAGGCAUGAGAAGAUAGUGGAAACAGGGUACACGAUUCGAUUCACUAUGACGACUUUUUGACAACCAGCUUUUGAGGUUUCUUUUUGUACGAUAGCUUUAGUAGUGGUUAUAAACACAACAAUCUGAAUUUCCUACCUCUACAGUCCCAACUUCUUCUGUCCCAUCUUUUGCCAAGACAUCACCAUUCCCUUCAAUCACCACCAUCAGUACAACAAGUCAGCCACAAUGUUCGCCCUCUUCCGCGGCCACCCCAACAAAGACCUCGCCGACCUCGCCGAGCACCACCUGCAACAUGAUCUCCAGCCCGAAGACCGCGAACGCCUGCGCAAAGCCGCCUCCAAAGUCUCGACGCACACCACGAUCGGCACUUUUCUAGGCCUUGGUCUCGGCAUCGCCUUGGCCUGGCGCAUCCGGCAGAACCGCCAGCAACUGUUCAACGCGUUCAAAAUGAUGGCCAAGCCGGUGGAAGUAGUAUUUGCCAACGGUCGGAGGGAACCAGUCCCAGACCUAGAACCCCUCCUCCGCCCUACGCGCUGGGGUGACAUCGCCACUUACACCGUCUUUGGCAUCGGGUGCUCGAUGCUCGGCGGCGAGACCGGCUUGCUGACCGGGUCGGCAGCAGCGACUCGCACCAUCACCCGCGACCCCGAGUCCCGGAAGCGCAUCGAGGAUGCCUUUCGCUUGUUCCAGAUCGAUGUGCUGAAGCGCCAGCUGGAGAUGCUCGAGCGGGAGGUCAAGGAGAGGGGCGGCGCGGCGGGGAGAAAGGAGACGGACUCGGAGUUUGCUUCUAGCUGGGAGAAGUUGAAGGAUCAGGCGGGCGGGAUGGUGAGCACCUUGAAGCCUUCCGAGUGAUCGAUUCUAGGUAUGUUUCGAGUGAGCGAGAGGGAUGGCUUGGGUGGUUUGCAUGGUUUGCAUGGAUUGGAGUCUGGGAAUAAUGGGUUAUUUGUUUCUUCCGUUCUUGUUGAUAUUUCUGCUUUGCACAGUCUCAUUCAUUCAUGGGUGUUAUAUAAAUGGUCUGGAUAUACAUUUUACUUGUUUUGAUGCUGAUAAUUAUCUGUUGGAAUGUUCCAAGU